AUGCGCCUGCGCGACGACGCCCCCCCGGUGACCCAACCCCGCUCCCGCAAACGGAAGACCUCACCGACGAACCACGAGCCACGCCAGCUCCAACCGCCUCCCCAGCCCGUCAUGCAGCACUCCCCCGCCCCUCCACACCCUGGCCAGCUCGUCCAGUCCCACCCUGGCCUCCCCCCGCCCGGCUAUCAGUUCGCGCCCAACCCCGCAGACUACUCCCAGGCCGGCCUCGCGCCCCCUCACUAUUCCGUCGCCGGCCCCUCUUCAGACGGCCAGCCGAUGCAGUCUCAGGACCAGCAGCAGCAGCCGUCGCCCUCGGCUCAAAACUCUGCAGGUCCCGCACGGACGCUCAGCCAGAGCAAACGCGCCGAGCAGAAUCGGAAGGCACAGCGCGCUUUUCGGGAACGAAGAGACCAACACGUAAAGGCUCUCGAGUCGCGCUCACAGCUGCUCGACGCCGCACUUGCGUCCGCAGACGAAGCCAACAGGCGGUGGGAGGAGUGUCGUGCGCUCGUCGACCAGCUCCGUAUCGAGAACGCUGCCCUCCGUGCGGCGCUCAGCCAAGCGCAGGUCGUCAUCCCCGCGAACAACGGCGUCAGCGGCGGGCCCUCGGAGGAAGACAGGAGGAACGGGGACCAUCCGGAGUCGAACGAAUAG